AUUACCCCGUUACGCUCUCGUCGACCUAAGAUCCCAAAUCCAACUCCGGCAACCCUCGCGGCCCAAUUCGAUCUCCGCGCUUGAUUCUCUCGAUCUAGAUGGAUGUAGGAGGAGGAGGAGGAGGAACGCUUUCAGAUUUGUACCAGAGCGCUAAGAAGCUGCUUCUGCGAGCAAGGGAUGGGAUCGGGAAGCUCGAGCGGUUCGAGUCGGCGAUGUAUUCUUCAUCGUCUUCGUUCUCUUCGAGGCCUGCGAUGCCGUUUGAUUCGCAUCCGGAGCUUUCUUUCGCGACCAAGAAGGAUCUAGGUCAGGUCCAGUCGCUGUGCGCUGAAAUGGAUCGGCUCUGGCGGUCGAUUCCGUCUAAAAGAGAUCGCGAUCUCUGGAAACGAAAAGUGGAACAGUUAGCAGGAGAGUGUGAUUCCUUGAAAGAAAGCCUGGAGAGAAUUUCUGUGCGCCAACAGAGUAGGAUGCAGGAAGCUAAAGAGAGGGCAGAGUUAAUUGAGAGAGCGAAUGGUGAUGGUGAGCACGUUCUGAGUAUUUUCGAUGAUGAAGCUCAAGCAAUGAGAUCAGCCCGCAAUUCCCACAUGAUGAUUGAAGAAGCUUAUGCCACUGGGGUUGCUAUUCUUUCCAAAUAUGCUGAGCAGAAGGAUCAUCUCAAGCAAGUGCAAAGGAAAGCUCUGGACGUCCUCAACCAUGUUGGGCUGUCCAACUCCGUUCUGAAGCUUAUCGAGAGGAGGCACCGAGUAGACAAGUGGGUUGCAUACACUGGUAUGGCGAUUACAGUCAUUGUGGUGUAUAUGUUCUGGAGCUGGACCCACUGAUCUCUGGCGAUUGAGCUGCUGAUGAUAUUCCAGAAUUUCAUCUACUGUGUGAAGAGGUGUAUAAACAAAGGUGUAAACGUUAUUUUGCUUCUGAUAUACCAGUAUAGUCUCCAACUGUCGGUGAAUGUGUACAUGCCCUUUUUUAUUUUUUAUUUUUUGACUCGGUUAUAUUUUGAAACACUCGAUAAUGGUACUUUUACGAAACUAUUCUUGACAUUGGAAGAAAGCAAUGCUGCUAGUUAUACCGGUGUAA